CGAUAAGUUUAGUCGCUCUCGUAUCAUCUAUUCCUUGGUUGGUCUCAGAUUUCUUACCUACUGACAAGUGCAAAUACUUUAAAAGAAAGUUUCAUUUUUAAAAAAAAUUUAAUCACUCAUUAUGGCAAGCCAAACACAGGGAAUUCAACAACUAUUAGCAGCUGAAAAAAGAGCUGCCGAAAAAGUCGCUGAAGCAAAAAAACGUAAGUAGUCGAUAAUUUAAGGUGUGGCUGGUAAACUGGCUGAUGAUAUCUUAAAUUCAUUAAAACUCUUAAACUUACUCUAAUAUAAUUAUGAUUUUCUUCUAUACAUCCAUUAGAUACCUUUGGGUUACACCAAUGGAAAAAAAAAAUAAUAUCUAUCGAAUUAGAUACCCAACAAGCGAUGUUCGGCAAAUGCCACACCUUGUUGAUUUAAAAAAAGUUUUUCAAUUUAUAUUAAUAUUUGUUAAUAUACAAGUAUAGUUUUUAAUUGUUUGAAAUAGUGAUUUUAAUAUGAUUAAAAUACUAGUGGUGUGUCCAUUUUAAAUGAAAGCAAUAUUCAUUUUAAUGUACAUUUUAUUUAUAGGCAAAGCAAGACGAUUAAAGCAGGCUAAAGAAGAAGCUCAAGAUGAAAUUGAAAAGUAUAGACAAGAACGAGAAAAGCAAUUCAAAGAAUUUGAAAUUAAGGUAAAACUUUAGUUGUGGUAACAUCAAAAUGUUUUCGCCUAAAUCAUAUUUUGGUUCAGUUCUAACUCAAAUAAUAAAAAAAAAAAACGAUUCUCUAAAGUAAAAUCUCCAUUCAUAGCCAUCUUAAGAAUUCUUCACUACUUAAUUUAAUCUAUUGACUGUUAUUGAAAAAGAAUCCAAAACUAUUUUUUUGUCAAAUAAUAUUUGUAUACUAUAUUUAGGAAGCUAGAUAAAGGUACAAGUAGCAUUAAGCUAAUAAAGAUAAGAAUAAUAUUGCGAUAACAAUAUACUGUGGGAUAAUAUUAUUUACCCGCUUGUGUGGUAGAUUGUUGAUUAAUGUAGAUAAAUAUAACAAUAACCAUUAUGGCUCAUCAGAUUAAGACAGUUCAUUAUUUAUAAAUAAAUGGGCAUAAUAAGAAUCUGGGAUAUUGGUCAUAACUCUACUCUAGAAUAAUUUAUUGUAAAUAACAAAUGUAUGGUUAUGUACUUAUGUAUAAAUGUAAUAACCCAGGCAUAGUUAAUAAUACUAAGCUGAUAUGAUUUUUUGAUAUUUUUGUUCUUAUAAUAAUUUAAGUGGAAGUUGUAAUUGAUUUGUGUUAAUUUUCAAAAAUUUCAGUUUUGAUAUGAAAGAAAUACAAUUUUUAUGCGUAUUUAAGUAUUAAUAUAUCAAUAAGAUGGCUUAUCUGUAUAUUAUAAAAUCAAUGGUUGUACCGUACUUUUGUUUUAAAUUUUAGCAUAUGGGUUCUCGCGAAGAUGUUGCUGCAAGAAUAGAUGCUGACACUAAAGUAAAGAUUGAAGAGAUGAACAAGGCUGUAUCUGUUCACAAACUGGCUGUUAUUGAAAAAAUUCUUGAACUUGUCUAUGACAUCAAGCCCGAGUUGCACAAAAAUUUCAAAGCUACUGCCAACAAAGAAUAAUGUGUGUGUCAUAGUAUUUUCUUUUUUCAUUUCCAUACAAUAAGAAAAUAUAAUCAUGUACAAAUUUAAUUUUGGUUUUAGUUUUCGUUUCACUGAAACAUUCCGUCUGUUGUUCAAUUUAUAGUGUAUUAUUUUCAAGAUUAUUUAUUUAUUUAGGAUUGCAAUAUUAAGCUGUUACAAACAUAUUUUGUUGUUUUCAGAAGUCUAAAAAUUGAUUAAAUCUAUCUUAACUAUUGUUUUAUGUUAAACUAAUUCAAAGUGUUUUUAUUUUCAUUCAGAUUAUUAAGUCUGUGUGGAUAAAAUCCAUAGAAGUUUUGGCUGCAAAACAUGUUUAAUCCAUAAAUAUUUUCUUUGUAGAGUUCAAUGAUUAUUUCCUUAAUUUGUUUAUUCUAAAUUAAAAUACCAAAUCAAUAUAAAUAAAUGCCUAUAUAUUUAAAUCUAGUACUGCUACUUCAGUUUGAUACUAUAAUACUAAUAAAACUGAAAUAAUUAGUUACCAAAGUACCAAUUCAAUAUUUAUUAGAAAUGCAUUUAUGCUUUACUUAAAUUAAUAUUAAAUUAAAAAAAAAAAAGUUGUGUAGUUUAAGAGAUUAAUAUUAUAUUUACAUUUGUAUUAUAAUACUGUUGAAAUAAUUGUUUAUUAUGGAUAUUCAAAAUUAUAAUAAAGUACUUAUUACAAUGGGAAAUGAUUCCCAAGGUAUAUCAUAAAUACUGUAGUAUGAAUAUAAAUUUAUUUUAUUUAAAAUAAAAUAUAUCCCAAUUUUUUAAGUUCGACUUUUUAAUAUAAAAUAAAAACAUAAUAUAAAAAUAGG